GUUACUGCCACUGCUGAUGAGUGAUGAUCUCACUUUCUACAAAUAGAGAAAAGGAAAAAACCAUCUCAUUGUUUUUUUUUUUUGUUUAAACCCAUCUCAUUGUUCUCUCGAGCUUAUCACGAAUGGAGGUUACACUACUCGGCUCCGUCUACGGCCUCUCUCCCUUCUCGUUACAAAGAGUGUGCAAUGCUGGUUUCAGCAGUUUCAAGUCAAACACACGACGACAAACAUACAGAGUCACGGCCAUUAACCCCGUAGAGUACUUGAAGACUCAUGGAGGUGCUCGACGGAUAAGAAAGAAUGAAGAUGGAGCGGCGGUAGCAAAGAUGGUGGAGAGUCCGUAUUCGAAAGUGGAGACGGCGAGUCCCGAUCUGCAUAAGAGCUUGUCGGACUUCUUGGAGGAAGCAAGAGAUUUCGUGGGAGAUGAUGAUGGUCCACCUCGUUGGUUCUCCCCGUUGGAGUGUAGCUCUCAGGCUCAAGGCUCUCCUCUUCUCCUUUUCAUACCUGGUAUUGAUGGUACUGGGCUUGGGCUCGUUCGUCACCACAAGAAACUUGGGGAGGUGUUUGAUGUAUGGUGCCUUCACAUUCCAGACAGUGACCGUACUCCUGCUAAAGACUUGGUGAAUAUUAUUGAGAGGACAGUUAGGUCGGAGAACCAUCGUUUCCCAAACAGACCUAUAUAUUUAGUUGGAGAAUCUAUUGGAGCGUGUCUUGCGUUAGAUGUUGCAGCUAGGAAUCCCAACAUCGAUCUUGCUUUGAUAUUAGCUAAUCCAGGCGAUUCAUUGACUGCAAGGUUAGACGCUUUGACAAAUGAGUUAGCAGUCCAUCAGAUGAGUGGAGUUAGUGGAGGGAUGCUAAGAGAUCUUUUUGCAGUUUCAGCUAAUCUUCCUACUUUGAGUAGGAUCUUCCCUAAGGACACACUUCUUUGGAAGCUGGAACUGCUUAAGUCUGCUGUUGCAUCUGCGAAUUCUCACAUAUACGCGGUCAGAGCUGAAACACUGAUACUUCUGAGUGGACGUGAUCAGUGGCUGCUGAACGAGGAAGACAUUAACAGAUACUCACGCACAUUGCCAAAAUGUAUUGUCCGUAAGCUUAAAGGCAAUGGACACUUUCUCUUUUUCGAGGAGGGUGUAGACUUGGUCACUAUCAUCAAGUGUACUUGUUUCUAUCGCCGUGGGAAGUCUCAUGAUCACCUUUCAGAUUACAUUAUGCCUACCAGAUAUGAGCUAAAGCAACAACUAGACAACCACAAAUUGCAGAUAGGUGCUACUACUUCACCUGUAUAUCUGUCAACACUAGAAGAUGGUAAAAUUGUGAGGGGACUUGAAGGUAUACCCUCAGAAGGACCUGUUUUGUUCGUUGGAUAUCACAUGUUAUUGGGACUUGAGCUAAUUCCAAUGAUAAGUCAAAUCUUGAAAGAGAGAAAUAUUCACUUGCGCGGUUUGGCACAUCCAAUGCUUUUUCUAGACGGCCAAGACGUGUGUGUCGACCCACAGAUCUUUGACAAAUUUAAGUUAAUUGGUGGAGUUCCUGUCUCCAAGUUCAGUAUCUACAAACUUCUAAGCUCAAAGUCUCAUGUGCUUUUGUAUCCUGGUGGUAUCCGUGAAGCUUUUCAUAAAAAGGGUGAAGAAUACAAGUUGUUCUGGCCAGAGCAACCAGAGUUUGUGAGAGUUGCAUCUAAAUUUGGAGCCAAGAUUGUCCCAUUUGGUGUCGUUGGAGAAGACGAUAUCUGCCAUUUUGUCCUCGAUUCCGAUGAUCAAAGAAACAUCCCAUUCCUAAAGGAUUUUAUGGAAGAGGCAACAAGGCAAGCUGGAAACGUAAGGGAAGGAGAUGAGACCGAACUGGGAAACCAGAAAUGCUAUCUCCCAGUAAUUUUACCUAAGAUUCCUGGGCGGUUAUACUUUUACUUUGGGAAACCAAUUGAAACAGCAGGCAAGGGAAAAGAGCUAAAAGAUAAAGACAAGGCUCAAGAGUUUUACUUGCAAGUCAAGUCUGAGGUUGAACAAUGCAUUGAGUAUUUGAAAAUGAAAAGAGAGAGUGAUCCCUACAGACACUUGUUGCCAAGGAUGAUGUAUCAGGCCUCACAUGGCGGCUCUUCUGAAAUUCCCACGUUUGAUCUCUGAAAUGAGGAUCUCGCUUUUGAUUAUCGCAUGGGAUCGUUGUGGAGUUGGCUCGAAUUUUUUUAUAUUUGUGUGUUGUAUGACUAAGUGAAACUUGUUUUCUUUAUUGGUAUAACUACGAUAGGUAAACUGAGUAAUAUGAUUGUAAAUUCUAAACUUUUGAAUUUUACAAGUCAUGGAGGUAAUAAGACUGUAGUUUAAUAUUA